AUGCGCAGUAUUGGCGCCUCCAAACUUGCCCUUUCGACCAUAUCUUCAGAGGAAUUGUGGCAAAGUUCUGGCAGAUUGGAGAAGGGCCUCGGUGAGUUAUUUAGAUUCGAGGAUCGUAAAGAUGAAAUCACACAAGCAACUGCCAUUGAGGCUUUAUCAAAUAACUCGGAAGUACCGAGAUGA